AUGUGGAAACCGUUUGAGGCUGGUAGUUCGCCAGUCGACUGGUGCGAAGGCAAUUACAGUAUUUCUUCUAGUAUUGCAGAAUUCAUGAACACGCUAAGUAAUCUGGUGUUUCUAGUGCUUCCUCCUGUUCUUAUGCACCUGUUUAGAGAUUAUGGACGAUUCGUAAAUCCAGGGAUUCAUAUCAUCUGGUUCUUAUUAAUGAUUGUAGGCCUUAGCAGCGCAUACUUUCAUGCUACCUUGUCUCUUAUAGGACAAUUAUUAGACGAAUUAGCAAUCUUAUGGGUAUACAUGGCAGGUUUCUGUAUGUUUUUUCCAAGAAGAUAUUUCCCAAAUAUUUUGCACAAUGAUAGGAAACUCCUUUCUAUAUGUGCAUUAUUACCAACCCUUAUUGCAACUGGUUUGUCAUUUAUACAUCCUGCAAUAAAUGCAUUUGCAUUGAUGACUCUAGGUAUACCAGCAUUCGGAUUUAUGAUAAUAGAGUUGAAAAGGACAAAGUCACUGAGAGUCUAUAGACUAGGUUUAAGAUGUGGUGCUGUUUGGUUACUAGCAGUCACAUGCUGGUUAAAUGAUCGUUUAUUUUGUGAUACCUGGCUGAACUUAAAUUUCCCUUAUUUACAUGCACUUUGGCAUUUGUUUAUUUUCAUAGCAAGUUAUACAGCAGCUGUACUUUUUGCCUAUUUCUCUGUAAAAGAUGAACGACCCCAACAAUCGCCAGUACUAAAAUAUUGGCCAAAGGAUGACUUUGAACUUGGUAUACCAUAUGUAACAAUUAGAAGUUACAUUAAGCUUGAUACGAACACCAAUAUAUAA